GUGCACUGCACCACAGGACUACUCUUAUCCAUUGCACUUUGUUUUUACUGAAGAGCGACACAAACACAGAGUGGCAUCAUGGGGAGCGGCAUGUCAUGCGUCCCCCAACACAACCUCACCUUCUCCAGUAAAAGUUUCAUCCGCAGAAACAGCAGUCGCCUGUUUCGCAAGAUGAACCCCCAAGAGGGUCAGGAGAAGUCCAACAGCAUCAUCAAUAUACUCUGCACUGUCACCCCCAGGAAGGCAAUGUCCCCCAAAGACCUAGAGACCAUCGACAACAUAAAGUGGAACCCUCCAUUCCCGUACGACCCGGCCAGCGGCUGGAAGAAGAGCAGCAUCAAUGUGAAGAACUACGGACGACUGAUUCAUAGUGCUAAAGUUCGUUUCCGCUUCUUGCACUGCCAGGAUAUACACGAUUGUUACCUGGAUCUCUUCCAGACACACCUUCACUUUGUGUCAAACAACACUCCAGGACUCACAUACCAGGGAACUCUUCCACUGAAGGAACUGACCAUCUGCAACCUGCAACAGAAUUGUAACCACAGCCAACCGCUGGAAUACGCCUUUCAAGUUAAUGGUGUCAGCCUGAACCCCAUCAUCGUCUAUUGUGCCAAUCAACAAGAACUGGACCAAUGGUUUGGUCUUCUUAAAGAAAACAUUGAAGCCAACGGCGGCACGGCCUUUGCACCGGAAAACUUCACCAGAGUGAAAUUAAACCAGCAGAAGAGCCCUGCGGGCAGAGAGGAGCUGCGGAGCUCCAUCAACAGAGAGCCUAUCUAUGAGUGGGAGGGGUCGCAGCGGGACAGCCUGGGCCCCAUCACCUACGUCACCAAAGUUCGCCUGCAGCACUUGCCCUGUCAGGAACAAAACGAUAGACUGCUGGUGAUGUACACGUCAACAAUGAUCAUCCUAUCCGAGGAAGCAAACGGCCUCUUCUACAAGGGCAAACUUCCGCUCAACAUGAUCACAGUGACAACACCCUGCCAAGAUGUCAAGCCCAACACUUUUAUGAUUGAAGGCAAGCUCAUCAACCCCAUAGUGGUGUCCUGUCUGGAUCGGAGCGAGUUCUGCGACUGGAUCCAGCAUUUCAAAGCUGCUGACGUUCCGGUUCUCAGCCCCCCGCCCCCAGUCUAUGACAUCAUCUACACACCAACGCACAGGGAGACGCCGCAGUUUGAAAGGUGGAGUGGAAACAGUCAAGCCAAACCCGAGUCCCGCAAGAUGAGCCAGAAUGGACGUGGAUCCCACAACCUUCCGUUCCCCACUCAUGAAGACAACCCAUUGUCCCCAGGAUACUCGGAACCUCUUUGUUACACCUCCAGCCGUCCCUCCUCCACCGAGACCGCCCGCCUGGGAAGCAGGACAAACAGCGUAUCUUCCCACAACAAACCCGAACGUGACUCCCGACCUUUCCCGCUGCGCUACUCGUCCCCCCAGCGCGGCUCCUACCUCCAGUCUGCAGAGGUCUCGGCGGGCAUGCCGCAGCUGUACAGCACGCCCUACUCAAGCACGCAUCGGCUGGACAAAGGCCCGCUUGUGAAGUCAAACAGCUGGAACACCUCUCAGACGUCUCUCGGCUACCACAUGAACGGCCCGCAAAGAUACUCGGACAUGUGCGCUCCAAGACAGCCCUUGUCGCCGCUCUACGAUGAGCCCUGCAGCCCUGAAAUAGAUGCCUUUGAGGACGUUGUGCCAAUGGAGAGCUGGCCUGAGCCUACUCCUCUGUUCCAUCACCAGCAGGGGCCUUGGCUUCCAACCACGAACUUCCAGCUGCGCACCCCUCCAAUGGGCAGACACAGCAGGAGAAACCUGAUGCAGGCCAACUCCCAGGUACAGGCUCUGGGCUCGGACAUGGGGACCCAAGCUGACCAAAGAGCCGAGGCCGUGUCGAGGCUCAAGCUGUUGGCCGCGCCCUCAAAAGGACAAGAGCAGGCACACCUCGGCUCCAACUUUGUGAUCAAAACGUCUCAUCUGUUGAACAAUUACUCACCAGAUUUUCAUUCAUACCUCAAACCCAUAGAGCCAGACGACCAGGAAAUAGACUAUGACAACAUUUGGGAGUACGAUCGCAAUACCCCGAUGAUUCAGUCGACGUCUGGAAUUCCCACACACUGGACCGGAUUACACGGCGGGGCCAGAGGCCUUGGUGCCAUGGCGACCCAGCAGAGAUGGUCAUAAAACACAACAAAAAAGCCGGCACUCGCCUGGGCGUGUGCAAACAACGGAUCUUUAUCUGAGGGAUCAUAAAAGUCAACUGGUGCAGAUUGUGCUGGCCAAUACGCGUACAGUAGAGUCAGAAGUUUGUACGUGUCAGCAGGCAGAGGAACGACAUGGAAGAAAAAGUCUUUGAAAAGUCCAAAGCAGACUUCACCUGUUAAAUGUGAUGGAGCAUACUUUACUUUAAUGUUAUUUUUAUAUUGCAUUUACAGCAUUGCUAUUUCUUUUUGUUUGAGUUAAAACUAUCAAAAACAUUCCAUCAGGGCUUGUUUAUUAAGGAACGUAUUGUAUAUAUUUUGUAAAAAGUGUACAUUUUAUUUUGUUUUAUGCAACCCUGUCUUUGACUAACAGGUGACCACAGUAAAGGUGGUCAUAGCACUACUGCUUCUUUCUGAUACCUACUGCUUCUUUCUGAUACCUGUGCGCCUUCUUGAUUAAUAUUUGUUUGACGUGUUUAUUUAUAUCGAAAAAAUAA